CAGACAGACAAAAGGGAACAAAAAGCCCAUAAGACGUUCACAAAGCUCAAAACAAGACCAUUGGAUCAUUAGGUGCGUUCACAUACAAUCAUGCCUUGCAAACUCUGGCUUGCUCUUUCAGUGUGGCUUUUGCUGCCAACCUCUGAAGCUGGAAGGCAGAUGCCUAAACUCUCUGACAAGAAACUCUGCGCUGACUCCGAUUGCAGCCAUCCUAUCUUGAUAGCUCGUGCACUGCAGGACUACUACCCUGGAGACUGCAGGUUCAUCCCCAUCAGACAGGGCCAGCUCAUCUAUGUUUAUGCAAUGCUGAAGGACAGAGGGAACCUUUUCUGGGCUGGCAGUGUACAAGAUUCCUAUUAUGGCCAGCAGGAGGCUCGCAUUGGCCACUUCCCCAGCAGCGUAGUGGAGGAGACUCAUCCCCUCAUGCCAGCCAGCACCGAAGUCAAGACUACGAAAUGGGACUUCUACUGUAACUGAUGUUGCCUUUACCAACAAAGAGAACAACGUUCUUGUCAACUACAUUACAAUAUAACUUUUUUUUAUGAUCUUAGAUGCAUUGUUAACGAUAUGUAGGUUUGCUUAUCCACACUGUUGAUAACCUGCACCUUAGAAGAUAUGAACAGCUCUACAAAACAAAUUAUUCUAGAUUGCAAUUAGAUUUCAUAAUUACGGCUUCAAAGCACUGAAGAAAGGACCAUUGCUGCCAAUACUUCAUCAUACUGUUUGUAUCUGUUUUGCAGAUAUUAAAAGUGUUUGUCAAAGUGUAAAAGUUAAAUGUGUUUAAAAAACAAAACAAAGAUGAAUUGUGCAUCUAUGUUCUCAGAUUCAUGCAAUUUGUGUUCCCACUACUUAUUUUUCUUGAUGAUUGUGCAUCGCUAAAGAAAUACGUAUGUGUGUCAGCUGCCUAGAAAACCUCACCUAGGCUAUGUAAUGGAAAUGUUCAUAUGUCCAAGUUAGAUUUUUAUUGUUUGAUACAUGCUUAAAUGAACUUCUGUCUUUCCCAACAUAUGUCUGUAACUUAAUUUGUAUUCUCACGAUAUUCUUCUUGUGUUUAUCCCAAAUGGGUGAACCUUCCACACAUAACCCUUCUCUAUUCACAGACUUUUUGGGUCAACUGUGUCAAUCUUCCACCCCUCCUUGUGUCUGUAAAAUACAUGAACACAGUUUUAUCGGGGUUCUUCCUCACGCAGUGCUUGCACUCUGUAUGAUUGAUGAUCCUUCUUUGCAAAGAAUAAAUAC